AUGACGCGCUGGCUCUUUGGAGAGUCCUCAGAGAGAUAUUUUGUUUUCCACUCUGACUAUCGGUCUCCUUUUGCUGACCUUCAAUCUAGUAACGGAAAGAAGGGGUUGACUUGUAUUCAUGAGCAGGGCUCCGAUGAAAAAUACAACUUGUAUUGGCAAGCCCAGGCACUGUUUCGUCCUUGUUUGAGCGGUAGCAGUAUCUUGAAUCCUGUUUUGGAUACCGGGAAACCGCAUGUCAAUUGCUUUGUCGGGGACAACGAGCCUCUGAAAGAGGACUGCUUAUCGACAAGCGAAAUUCAAAGCCUGUUAUGGCUAGCUAGCGAGCCCGCGACUGACCCAGCGUACAUGCAACAUGGGGUGUUCCCUGUGACCAUUGUGUCUGCUUGCAUGUUCAACGUUCGAAUUGUUGAGGCCAUUGUACGCUUGGGCUCCAACACCGUUGAGAUUCGUAAAUCGGACAUUAUGGACCCUUCUCCAGUUCUUACCGAUGAAUCAACCCAAAGUAGGCUGCUAGCGUGGCUUGAUUCACCUAAUUUGCUUAUCAUUGUGGAAAUUGUGGCCACGAUUACUGCUUUUAUUUUGUUUGCUGGGCAAGCUUACGAUGAUGGACCUACAGGGACCGGCACAUUGGGAGUUCUA